AUGAGGGGUCUGCUGUGUGCUGUUCAUGCUCUGGUUUUCGUCCUAGUUCUAGUGUCCUCGCCAGAGAGGAGUUCUGGAUUCAUUGGCAAAAUCCUUGAUGAACUGCAUCGAUUCGAUAAAAAUGUGCUUAGAAAGGUAUCAGAGCCAGUGAAUGACGUCCUCCACAAGUUUGAUAAAAAUGUACUCCGACCUGCAGCGGAGCCUGUGAAAAAAAUGCUCCACGAGUUCGAUAAAAAUGUUCUCCGAGAAGCAGCGAAGCCUGUGAAGGAGGUCUUGCACGAGUUCGAUAAAAAUGUGCCUAGAAAGGUAGUGACGGCCCUAGGGCUCAGAAGAAUUCGCAAAACUUACCAAGAAUUUAAGCAAGAAGUUGUUCAUUCUAAAGUUACUUUCACUGCUGAUUCGUACCGAGUGGAAAAGAUUGUUCCCUGCCCUGAUGGACAGCAUGAUAUAAUGGAUGCAGAACAGCCCGUUGAGAUUUACUUUGAAGACGGCGUGAAAAUUAUACAAGACAGAUACUGCAGAAAAUGUGGCCAGCAUUUCCUCGGUGAGGCCAAGCGAAAGGAUGAACUUUGA